CAAAAGAUAAAAGAUACAGAAUAUGUGGAAAAUAUUUUGAAAGAGAACUUGAGUAAUAAAAUUACAUCUGUUUUUCCAUCGCUUAAAGACAAUAAAAUAGCUCAUAAUUCACUUUGCACUAGAAUAUUGGAUUGCAUAGAACCACCCGAACUGAAGUAUAUAACUGUGUUUGACAUAGAAGGUUUGACAAGCCACGAAGAUCUUCCAAGAUAUUUACUUGAAACUAUAUUUAAAAUUCGAAAAACCGAUGUUUCAAAUUAUGCCGAUCAUCUUAAAAUAGACCUGCAGCUUACGAUUGAUUGGAACUGCCCUGAGCUUGCUUCUACACAAGUAUUUUAUAAAGAUCCUAACUUCAAAGUUGACCAUAACAUGUUCGAACAAACUUUAUUGAGGGAUGACCGGGAAGAAUUUAUCUCGAUGUUUCUUGAAAAUGACUUUCAAGUCCACAGAUAUUUGAACUCUACUCGACUUAUUCGACUUUUCGAACACGUAUUGAAAGAAGAGUUUUUUCACGAAGUUUGUUGGGUGAAACUUUUAGGUUAUAGGAAAUUCACAAGGCUGGAUGGCUACUUCAUUGAUUGGGAUUUAAACUGGAUCGUUGAGAGCUUAAUUGGAAUACCAAUUUACAUCAGUUCAUUUCAAAUGAAUGAGUGUGCCAGGGGAAUAUACAAUACGCAUUAUUCCAAAACAGCCGAGGAAGCUGAACGUAAAUCACUCAUAGUAUUGAUUAUAUGGUGUUUAGUAUCGAAUAGAGGAAAACUCGCCAUACAUUUGUGGAAGCAUAUUGAUCAGCCAGUCAUGAUGGCCCUCGUUUGCUGCGUUAUCCUAGAUCGACUACACGUUUACAUCAGGGACAGUAAACAGCAAGAAGAGUUUAAAGCAUUGAAUGAGCAGUUUGCCAAGAUGGCUUUAAACGUUUUUGACUUGGUGUAUAAUGAUAUGCCAUCAAAGGCAUAUGACUCACUCAGCGUCAAAAUACAAGAAUGGGGAAAUCAUUCUGUCGUAGACAUGGCUGCUCUUUCUCAAAACAAAGGCUUCGUUGCUCAUCCUUGUUGUCAAAAGUGGUUAACCAAAACAUUCAUGGAUAAAAUAAAAUUGAGAGAUCUUACUUGGGGAUUAUUUUCAGUUCCCAAGUAUAUUAAGGUUGUGUUGUGCGCAUUUCUCAUUUUCCCCAUGUACUUCUGGGUGCGAUUCAAAGAAACAUCAGAACACGAAUUUCUAGACACAGAUGAAAAUGAAAUACAAAGUCCAUAUUUUGGUGCAUCAGAAUGGCAAGAAAACAAAAAGAAUGCGACCCAAAAAGAAAGAGAUCGUAUGCGUCUCAUGAGAUAUGGUUAUCCACCGCUUUGGAAAAUGAUUUAUUGGAUGUGGAGUGCUCCGAUUACUAAGUUUUGGGUCUCUCAUAUUUUCUACAUUCUGUACCUGAUAGUUUUUAGUUUGGCUGUCAUUUGGCCAUCUUGUGGAAACACGACACUAGAUUUAGCAGUUUGUAUUUGGACAAGUUUAAUAGCCUUUGAUUCUAUGCAUCGACUUUAUGCUUUGCAAAAGGCUUUUCCGAAUACUAAACUAUUUUACGGCUGUCUUGAGAUAUUGUAUAUGAUAUUGUUUGUAAUAUUUUAUGCCACACUUCGGAUAACACCUUGGAAAGAUCCUUACGUUGGAAAAGUUCUUAUAUGUAUAGGAUUGAUAUGGUUUUUCUAUCGAAUGAUUUUCAUCUAUCUUCCUAUAUCUUCAACAUUGGGACCUUUGCUUUAUAGAGUCAAAUAUAUGAUCACAAUUGACUUUAUCAACUUUAUGAAACUAUCAGCUUUAAUAAUAAUAGCAAAUGCCAUUGCAAUGCAAGCUAUAUUAUACCCUGAUUAUCCUUUGGAUUUUGAAAUGUUCAGAAAAUCUUUUCAUAAAGCAUUUAUUAGUUUUUUUGUGACACCAGUCGAGGAACUUAGAGGGACAGAACAACACUGCAGUCUGUUGGAGCCAAGUUCUGAAUCAGUUGAAACGUGUCUAGCAAGUAAUUAUCCUGACUCAAAGUGUUCUACUGGUUUAAACUUUCCUUCGUACCUGAUUGUUUUUCAAUACAUGGUUCUUCUGAAGCUGAUUCUUCUGCCUGUGUUAUUUGCUCUCUUUAGCAAUACUGGAAAUAAAGUUGAAGCUGAAAGUGACACACUUUGGAAAUUUCAACGUUAUAAUUUAGUAACGAAGUUUUCAGUCUCUUUACGUUUGCCACCUCCCCUCAACAUAUUCAGCUUAAUCGGGAUGCUCUGCGAAUGCAUAUUUAUGAUUUUUAGAAACACUUGUCAUUUUGGUUAUAAGAAGUUGGAGAAAGAGAAAUCAAGAUGCCAUCAAGAAUCUUUUCCAUCCUAUGAAUCCAGCUACUGGAGACAAUUUGCUAAAGAAUAUUGGGAAAAGCAAGAAUAUGAAAACCAUGUAAAAGAAUACGGCGAAAAAGAAAUGGAAAUAAUAAGUAGUCUUGUAGAUGAUGUUAAUGGAAAUGAAGAAAUCAUCUAUCGUAUACGAAGUCAAAUAGCUCAAUUAGAAGCAGACAUAAACUACACUCAUGCUCAUCUCGAGACUCUGAAAUAUCGCGAGAAAAAAGAAGACAAGUUAAAUAGGCCAUUUACAUUGCAUUCUUUAUCACGUGAUUCCCCCUAUCCCAAAACUAAGGUUCAACGCUUUCCUGUUCCCGACAAAUAUGUUCCCUGGGAAGUUAUGUGGCUGCAUUAUGAGCCGGCUAUAUACACUCAGCCCAAAAGCGAAUUCCCUAACUCUCUGCAACCUUAUGUGGAUGACGAUAUUUCCUGUUCGAUAAACGAAGAAGAAAAUGAUCAAAGUAAUUUGCCAAAUUAUUUGUGGAACAUGGAAUCUGUGGAUUCAUCAGGUGUAUACAGAAAUAGAAAAUCAUGGAUUACUGAUAGAAAAGGAAAACCGCUGACUUACAAAUUAGAUAUAUAUGGUUUGCCAAGAAAUCCAAUGGGAAGAACCGGAUUACGAGGAAAAGGAGCUCUACCACGCUGGGGUCCCAAUCAUAACAUAUUCAUUGUUAUUACGAGAUGGCAAAAAAGAACGUCAAAAGUUUCAGAGCAAUCUAUUUUAGGAACACCUGACCUUUUAGAAUUUGUUGAAACAUGGUACAUGAACAAGAAGGAUAUUUCACUACCUGGGGGGUUUGCAGGGUCUGAAAGUCGAUAUGCGAGGAUACAAACGUUAUUUAAAGAAGAUGAAAAUGAUCCUGAAACUUGGGAAUCAAGCACUGAUAUGAUUCGAUUUUUUCAACGUUAUGCAACAGACUCAGAUGAAGUUGAAGUAAAUGAGGAGCAUGUAAAGUGCGAAAAAAAUUACUGUGGUUAUAUGGACGAUCAACUUAACACAGAUCAGGCUUGGAAAGAAGUAGAAUUAUGGCAUGUGCACUACAAAAUCACAACUAGCUUAUCACGAAUGUUCAAACCAGAUGUUAAGUGGGCAGUUUUGACAGAAGAUGUUUUCAUUCGACUAAAAGAUGGACAAACCACUCUUUUACAGAAUGCAGUUCGAUCUCUGGCAACUAAUAUUGAUUUAUAAAUCAAAAUUAACUGAACUUUAAAUACUUUGAGCAUAUUACUUGCACAUGUUUAAUAAAAGAGACUGAA